UCUUUGGUGCUCAGACUGCUUGUGCUCACGCUGUGGACUCAUACCUGUUACCAUGCUGUCUCUCUGCCUGCAGCUCCCCUGAGGUCAAAGAACGCUGGUUAGAUACUCUCCACAGGAAGAUAAGAGAAGCUACGGAGCGGUCUGGUUCCCCGUCCCCACUCCCCACUGGACUCAUGACGGUGCUCAGCGGCAGCGUCACUUGCAAAACUUUGGGAGGUGUUAUGGAUUCAGUCAUUGAGGUGCCUACAGAUGGCAAAGCCUCGGCAGCUCAGAAGGCGGAGCCUCUGGGUAAUGAGGAAGGCAGAGGCUGCCACCCGAUUGAGAAAAUGGGCGGCGGCUGGAGACACUUUCUCCAGCGGAAGCGGAGCUCCGCCCACUCCGACUCAGGCCCCGCCCCCCGCGAGCCCCUCCUCUUCAGCCAGCCGCUGUCCAAGGUGUGCGGCGGGGACGGGCAGCUCCCGCAGCCAAUCACGGACAUGCUGAUGCUGCUGCUGAAGAAAGGCGUGUUCACAGAGGGCGUGUUCCGGAAGGCUGCGAACGCCCGCAGCCUCAAGGAGAUCCGCGAGCUGCUGAACUCCGGCACCGAGGUGGAGCUGGAGUCCAAACCUGUCAUUCUUCUGGCUGCACUGCUUAAGGACUUCCUGCGCCAGAUCCCCGGCAGUCUGCUGGUGGCGGAGGAGUACGCAGCCUGGAUGGCCACGCUGGAGACCAAGGACCUCCUGGAGAGACGGGCUCAGCUCCGACAGGUGAUUGACAGGCUCCCGCUAGCCAAUGGGGUGCUCCUGCAGCACCUCCUAUGUGUGCUCCACCACAUCAGCCGCAACACCACUACAAACAAGAUGGACGCCAAUAACCUGUCCAUCUGCAUCGGACCGAACCUGCUGCAGCACAGCCCAGAACCCGAGGUGGUUAGCAAGGUUACGGACCUGACACAGUUCCUAAUUGAGAACUGCUGUGAGAUUUUCGGGGAGCAGAUCCAGUCUCUUCUCGGAAACCCAGACGAAGAAGAGCUUGCUGAUAACUUGGACUCGCUCUCCUCUCACCAGCACGACUCUGCGUACGACAGCACGGACCCCGACGCAGAGGGGGACGCCCCCGGUCACCACGACGACGUGCCCAAGCCCCUCCCCCGCCGCCGGUCGGAGCCCGCCCUCUUCCUCUCCGCCGUCGCCCCCGGCAGCGCUCUCCACGGCGGCCUGCUAUUGGCCCGCAGCCACGAGGACUGCUCCGGGUUCCAGGAGCGCCCGCUCCAGAAGCCUGCGUCCCAGGACUCCUUCCUGCGGCCGUCGCAGGGUCAGAGGUCAGCCCCGCCCCCUCUCCGGGGCAGCUGGGGCGGGGUUGCCACCUCUUCCUGCUCGCUGGAGAGCUCCCUCUCCAACCAAUCAGAGGGCUCCGUCUUCACCAGCUCGCCGCUGGCCUCUCCCGCGGCCUCCAGGCGGUCCCCGUUCCCCCGGCAGCAGUCCUUACGCCUGCCGGCCCCCCCGGCGGCCCCCGCGGCCCCCCCCCCGCAGGAGACGGAGAAGGAGGAGAAGGUGAAGAGGAGGUCGCAGUCCAUGCGCAGCAGGGGGAUGGCGCGGGUGAGGAGCUGGAGCACGUUCACGCGCGGCGGCAGCCUGAAGAAGGCCGACGCCCCCCAGCCCAAAGAGGGCGGGGCCUUCCCCUGCGAGACGCUCCCGGAGAACCCCGCCUCCCCCGGCCCCGCCCCCGCCAGGCCACGCCCCCGGCCGCUGUCGGCCAUAGAGGUGUUCCAGGAGGUGGACCGCAGGAUUCCGGGCCCGCCCCCUUCGUACGACGUGGCCCCCCCGCCCCAGCCCCCGCCGUACCGCACCCUGACUGUGAGCGGCGCCAGAGAGCUGGAGAGGAGGUCUCGCCCGGCGUCCGUCAGCGAGGACUUCCUGCUGCCGCCCGGCCCGGCCGAGGACACGCCCACACAGCCAGAGGCUCCGCCCCCUGCGGCGUUCCGCCUCCGGGCCAUGUCAGAGUCCGUAUCCCGCGGCAACAACAACGCCCCGCACGACGAGGCGAACCGCAGGUGCAGCCAGCCGCUGUUCGAGGAGAUGCUGUACGCCAAGGAGUCCUAUGUCUGAACUCCCCCUGAGCUCACCUGUGCAGUGUGUGUGUGUGUGUGUGUGUGUGUGUGUGUGUGCGUGCGUGUGUGUGUGCGUGCGUGUGUGUGUGUGCGCGCGACACGUCUGAACCAGGCCUGUUUCGCCUGUGCAAUGUGUGUGUGUGUGAGUCUGUUUGUGUGUCACUUGUUUAAGUUGGACUUCAUUAAGUAGUACUAUUUAGAGUACACAAAAGAACAUGUUGUAACUUCAGUUUAAAAAGCUAUGUAUAAAUGCUAAGCUGGCAGACUAGCCACCAUAAGAAGCUAUGUACAUAAUCCAAGCCGCAGGCAGUUUUAAUAUAUACAGUUGAUCUAAUAUAUAAUGGGUCGUAUUAAGUAUAUGCUUGUUUAGUUGAUGUACAUAUGUAAAUAUACUGUAUACUGUAGUCUUACUUUAAUGCAACUUUUUUGCAUGUGUGUGUCUUGCAUUUCUACUUUGACUACAACCUCUGUACUUCCACUACAAUAAAGCACCUUUUCUGGUCAAAGAACA